GCCCAGGGGCGGGAGGGCACGCGCGAGGACGGGAGCCAGGCGUCCCCCGUCCCGGGACAGUGAGGUGGGUGGACAGGGAGGGGAGGGGCUCGGUGGCGCAUGCGCGUGGACCAGGGGCGCGGGUCUGGAGACCCACAGCCACUGGCGAGGGCACACGCUAGGAAGGGCACACGCGUGCGACUUUCGGGGCCCCUGGAACUGUCCGCUACUUCGAGUCCCCUUGAGCGCCGUGUGCCGGCUCUGAACAUUGGCGUUCGCAGCUGUUUUGUGGGCUGGAGGGUUCGUGGAGUCCUGGAACUGAAGCGACGCUGGGUCCUCUGGUUGUCCCCUUGAGGGGAGGGCACACGAGCGGGGACAUCGGGGCGCUCCCUUCCCACAGCGUGGUGCAUUUGGGCGUAACUCACCGGGAGGCGUUUCCUGAGACCCUCGGGGAUCUUAGAGGCGAGCCAAGACUGAAGUUCAAGGCCCUGCCUUCCCUGUGAACUGACAUUUGUGACUGGUCAAGCUCAGGACACAAGACGUUGUCAUCACAGAUGAAGAAGACAUGGAUCCUCCAGGUCCUCCCUUACCCCCAGCGUUUGUUCCCUUCAGAUCUCAGCUGAAGACUUCCUUCUUAGGCUCCUCCCUGAGCCUCUGGACAGAAUGUCAGAUUGGUGCUCUGUGGCCCGCCUGGCCACAACCAUUCAACAUGGUGGACACAGAGAGCCCCAUCUGUCCUCUCUCCCCACUUGAAGCAGAUGACCUGGAAAGUCCCUUAUCUGAAGAAUUCUUACAAGAGAUGGGAAACAUUCAAGAGAUUUCUCAGUCCCUCGGAGAGGAGAGUUCCGGAAGCUUUAGUUUUGCGGACUACCAGUACUUAGGGAGCUGUCCAGGCUCGGAGGGCUCUGUCAUCACAGACACCCUCUCUCCAGCUUCCAGCCCCUCCUCAGUCAGCUGCCCUGCUGUCCCCACCAGUACAGAUGAGUCCCCUGGCAAUGCACUGAACAUCGAGUGUCGAAUAUGUGGGGACAAGGCCUCAGGAUACCACUAUGGAGUCCACGCAUGUGAAGGCUGCAAGGGCUUCUUUCGGCGAACUAUUCGGCUAAAGCUGGCGUACGACAAGUGUGAUCGAAGCUGCAAGAUUCAGAAAAAGAACCGGAACAAAUGCCAGUACUGCCGUUUCCACAAGUGCCUGUCCGUCGGGAUGUCACACAAUGCAAUCCGUUUUGGAAGAAUGCCAAGAUCUGAGAAAGCAAAACUGAAGGCAGAAAUCCUUACCUGUGAACACGAUCUGAAAGAUUCGGAAACUGCAGACCUCAAAUCUCUGGCCAAGAGAAUCCACGAAGCCUACCUGAAGAACUUCAACAUGAACAAGGUCAAGGCCCGGGUCAUACUCGCAGGAAAGACUAGCAACAAUCCGCCUUUUGUCAUACAUGACAUGGAGACCUUGUGCAUGGCUGAGAAGACGCUUGUGGCCAAGAUGGUAGCCAACGGCGUUGAAAACAAGGAGGCAGAGGUCCGAUUCUUCCACUGCUGCCAGUGCAUGUCCGUGGAGACCGUCACCGAGCUCACGGAAUUUGCCAAGGCUAUCCCAGGCUUUGCAAACUUGGACUUGAAUGACCAGGUUACCUUGCUGAAGUACGGUGUGUAUGAAGCCAUCUUCACGAUGCUGUCCUCCUUGAUGAACAAAGACGGGAUGCUGAUCGCGUACGGCAAUGGCUUCAUCACCCGAGAGUUCCUAAAGAACCUGAGGAAGCCAUUCUGCGACAUCAUGGAACCCAAGUUUGACUUCGCUAUGAAGUUCAAUGCCCUCGAACUGGAUGACAGUGACAUUUCCCUUUUUGUGGCUGCUAUAAUUUGCUGUGGAGAUCGGCCUGGCCUUCUAAACAUAGGAUACAUUGAGAAGUUGCAGGAGGGGAUUGUGCACGUGCUCAAGCUCCACCUGCAGAGCAACCAUCCGGAUGAUACCUUUCUCUUCCCAAAACUCCUUCAAAAAAUGGUGGACCUCCGGCAGCUGGUCACGGAGCAUGCGCAGCUCGUGCAGGUCAUCAAGAAGACCGAGUCAGACGCGGCGUUGCACCCACUGUUGCAAGAGAUCUACAGAGACAUGUACUGAUUUUUCCUGAGAUGGUAGGCCGUUGCCACUGUUCAGGGACCUCUGAGGUCUGCGGCCCCAUACAGGAGAGCAGGGAUUUGCACAGAUGGCCUCCCUCCUUACCCUUGGAGAUGAAGAGGGCUGAGCCUAGGCAAUGCAGGCUCCUCCCACAUCCUUACUUUCUGAAUGAGCACUUCUAAGACUUCCUGCUACUGAAAUGGUGGUGAUCAGAGGCUAGUAGGAUUCAGACAAUUACAGACAAUGGCAGCCCCCCCCCCCACCAGUCUGAUCUUAACUGGCCCAAUGUUAAUCAUUGCACAGUACUCUACGUUGCAUAUAUAAUUUGCCAUUAAUUAACGGGUAACCUCAAAGUCCAAGCAGUCUAAUUCUCUUUCUGCCAUCCUUCUGGCUGUGUGCAACUCUUGUAAGUCUUGAAAACUAAUCUGCACUUUUUUUUUUCUUUUCUUUUUUUCGGAGCUGUGGACCGAACCCAGGGCCUUGAGCUUGCUAGGCAAGUGCUCUACCACUGAGCUAAAUCCCCAACCCCUAAUCUGCACUUUUUAACCUUUAAAAAAGUCUACGAGUCAAGGUGUGGCCCAAGAUUAGCCAUUUAUACGUGGCAAAAAAAAAAAGUUUAUUGGGAAGACUUCACUUGUGUUUCCUGGCUCUAAGAAAGAGAGGUGGCUUCUGAGAACAUUUGAGAAUAGUUUGAUAAGCUAUCCCAUCAUUCUCCUGUGGUCUCACUGUUCUAGAGGGUACAACUAACUCGUGUGGUGGAGGACAUUUUCAGAUUUGUAUAGAAGAUGCCCAGAAAGUUCCAUCUCAAGAAGCCUCAGAAGGCUUCAGCUAGUGUCUGUUAGACAAAGGCAGGAUGAGCCCUGAGCGACAAAUUCUGCAGCUCUGCUCAUGUCAGACUCUCAGCCUGUGGUCAUGGCAAUAUCAGAGGUAGAUUCACAAAGAUUUGUCCAUGCUCCUCUAGCCCCCGCCCCCUUUGGCAGCUCCUUUAAUACGACACUUUACUGCCUUUUAAAAACUCUCUUGGUGAUGAGAUGCAUGCCCGUGCUCGCUCUCUCUCUCUCUCUCUCUCUCUCUCUCUCUCUCUCUCUCUCUCUCUCUCUCUCUCUCUGGAGUAGAGAAAGCAAAAAGUGACUUCACUACCCAGGUCACCCUGGAGAACAAGAGACAAAGGUGUGAUUUUCAUUCAGCUUCUGUUUGUACCCAGCUGAAGAGCUCACAACACUUGUUAGUCUGUUGCUGUUGUUAUUGUUGUUGUUGCUGUUGUUGUUGUUGCUGUUGUUGUUGUUAUUGUUUCAAGGAAUUAGAUGGUAAAGUCCCUUUUCCUCAGUCCCAUUGGGAGAGCAGUGCUGGCUACCUUCAAGAGAAACAGUUGCACAAAAGAUUCUCAGACCUCAUGGACCUGCCAGCACCUGCCUUCCCUCCAAGAGGGUGGCUGCAUAUUUCAGAUCAGGUUGUAUCUUCUAUGCUCCUGACCCAUCUUUAGAAAACUUGACUCUUCUGACGUCACCAUUAUUUGUUAUUAAGGAAUGAUCCAGACAGACACUGCCAAGGAGUCGAGGACGUAGCUCAGUGGGUAGAAGGCUUGGUCCCUGUCGCUGCUCUAUGCUGGCCAUGGUGGUCGAUGCCUGCAACCGCAGCAGGAGUCAGAGGUCACCUUCAGAUACAUAAUUAAGUUUGAUGCCAGUCUGUACAGUGUGAGACCCUGUUUAAAAGAGAAAAAGAUUGCUACUGAUAAAAUGUUGGCAUAAUAAAAACACUAGAAGGAAUAAUAAGACCAUGGCAUGUCCAAUAGGGAAAAGGGAAAAUUGGCAUCAAGACAUGCUUUAAGAUUUGCACCCUACUGAUCUCCUUCCUUCUUCCCUCCCUCUUUCCUUCUCCCCUUCCUGUCUUCUGUCCUUCCUCAAACCCACGGUGUCCCCUUUGUCGUCCCUCCUUGCUGCCAAUCAAAGGCUCUGUUGGACAGCAGUUGCUGCAGGCAGUCCGCCCAGGGUCUUAGGAAUCAGAGACAGAGCAAGUCAUUUUCAUAUAUGAUCCCGGUGAGGGUAGAGCUCAGUCAGGGAGGAGCCAGCCUUUGUGUCACAUGGCACAUCCAGUCCUCAGUGCUUCCAGCCGGGCUAGAGCUUGUCCUAGUUUGGAGAGUCAAAGGUUGGAUCCCAGUGUCAGGCCUCUUCUGUGCACAGGUCCCCUGUGAAGACAGGCUCCUGUUCUAAUGAACCUUACACAAGUGCCACUCCAGUGUAGGUGACCUUGGAAAGUGAGUUUUGAGUCGUGGGCUUUUGGAGUGGUCAAGCAUUGUGCUUGAACUUGCAUAAAACUUGUGAAGAGUAGCCCCUAGCUGGAUGCUUUCAGGAUGGACCACAGAACUGACUGACAACUUCCACGUCAGUCUGCAUCUGAGCUGACGCUCAGUCGUGUUCGUGAAGGUUUCAUUCUCCUGGAGCCUAGUAGGAUUGCCAGUAAGCUAUCCCCAGAGAAGCCAGGAAGGACCACAGUGGCCUUAGCCUCAAAGUCACUGACUUUAAGAAGCCUCCUUUGUGGGAAGGAUAUUCACAAUGUGGCCACAUGGUGCUAGGACCUUUCAGGCCACCUAAUCAGAUUUCCCAAGGUUCGCAUGCCAGGUUAAAUACCGUGGCACAUUUAGGAACCGAGAGAGUGGGCAGCUGUGGUCUGCAAGGUGUGUCAGCGGCAUCAGCCAGCAGCCCAAUCAAAGAUGCCACCUUGGCUCAGGGAGCUCUAGAGCAGGGUUGCAAAGCCACUUCCCAGCUCUCAUGGCAAAGUCUUAGUGCCAGACUCCUUGGAGACUGAUGGGGACCAAGCAGCCUUGGUGUCCCUCCUCCCUCCCUCCGGAUGUCUUCAAGAGGCUGUGACCUAGUGAAGUCACAUUCGCUGUUUAAGGGAGUCUUAAAGAUACACAUGUGCAAAUUUUAGUCAUCGACUGGACUAAGGGCUCUCACGACUUCCUCUAUGAUCCUGUCUGCAGGGGCCACUCCAGCCCCUCCCUCCAUGACACCCCUCUCUGCUGCGCUUACCCAGAAAAGGUUCCUUGAAACAGACCUUCAAAAAAACAUGGCCCUUGGGCUCCUCUACACUCAGCUUGCAUCUGAUUCUAAAUAUGUCUCACCUUGAGCCUUUAUCUAACACACUGUGACACUGGGAGCUUUGGACAGUCAGCAGCCAGAUGCAUGGAGGAAGGGGAUAUUUUUGUCCUGCAUCAGUUUGAAAAUGACUUGCUGAACUCCAGUUUAAAGUUUUUCUGGUGUCCCCUGAGAUUAAGUAGCCUUUGGCCCCAGGGCCACCUACAGCCAAAAAGCCCGCUGCCUUCACUCUGUCUCUCUUUAACCUGUGUGGCCUUUCAAAAUGAGUUUCAAAAUGAGCGACUCCCUACAGCUGCUCAACCAGCAUUUUCCUAACGGGUUUAAGUUCCUGUUCUCACCCCUCCAGUAGGUCCUGUUCUCCUUCCAGAGCCCCUGGAAGGCUGAGAACAGGAACCUAGACCCUUCUUCAAGUAGAUAGCACCAGUGUGGCAGCCAUCUUGGUUUCCUGCUGAGCCACCAGACACCAUUCUGUGCCCGGUCCACAUUUGUAUGGCUGACUCCCAAGACCAGAGUAGGUUAAGAAUAUAAGAGCAAUAGCCUGACUCAGGCUGACCUUUGCUUCAUUGAAAGACACUAAAAUCUGCAUGGAGAGGCUUUGGUUUAAAUAAGUGGACCACAUUCCUCACUGAGACUCCUCUGAGGAAUGUGUUGGCAUCUCUGGUUUUACUUCAGUGGAGUGGCUCAAGAAAAGGUGUGUGGUCCCUAAUCAGGCCUAUAUCACCAGCCUGAGACCCCUGAGGACAUUUUCUCAACAUCAGACCUCAGCCUGUUGCUUUCUUCCCCAAAGGGAACUUUAGUCAGAGAGGGUGGUUGCAUCGUGAGAAGCACCUUUUGGAAAAUCCUGUGCCAACCAGAAGUGGACCAAACUGUGCACAGGUCAGUGUCAUGUCUUCACCAAGCAGCUAAGAGCACCUGACACCUUAGUGGUGGUCAGGUAGUAUUGUUGGCAAAAGGCAAGGAGAAGCACCAUUUUAGGUCAUAGCAACAGGGCUGUUUCAUUGUCUUUUUAUUUAAAAGUUUGCCAGUUGGGGUCAAAUAGGAAAACCCUGCAGUUCUCUGUGGAGAGGGAGAAAUAAUACUCUCCUCCUCUCUCACCUCUUCCUCCAACCCAAACCCAGCUGCAAAUCCAUUUAUUCGGUGAAGACGGAUGCUUCAACCCUGGGUCACAGGUCACCCUGGCAGUGGUGAGGGCAGAGCAGAGGUAGGUAACCCUCGGUAGGUGACCCUCGGGGCUCCUUGGCCGGCAGAGGGCACUGGGGCAUCUUCCCCAGGCCCCUGGGACUCAGCUGUGCUUCAAGUCACACACAGAGCCUGGAUUCAGGCCCUGAAGACCAGGGAGUGGUUGACCCUUUCCUGGUAAAAUUACUUUGGGAAAUUUCACUUUAAAAAUAAAAAAGGCACAGCUAGCUCUUUUGUCAAGCCUGAAACUAAGUGUACCUCACAACAGAUGAACGCCACUUGGCACCCUUUCUAGGAAGACAUCAGUAUUAUCCACAUUAAAUGUCACGAUGCUUUCUGCACUGAAUGAAAAAAAAAGUAUCUUCAUAGCUCUCUCUUAAAUACUGUGAUUUCUGUUUGUUUUGUUUUAACACUCUGAUACAAUUCAUUGACUAGCUUGUGACAAUGUGUCUAAUCACCAGCACCUAGACUCUUCUAAGUCAGGGUUCAGUACAGCGUAUGUUCAGAGCUGGACACAGCGAGCGAGCCAGCGAGGGGAAGCCCAAAUAGACAGCUGCCCAGGGGUGUGCACCCCUUACCUGUCACUGCCCCUGAGCUGUGCGCACGAUCUCCUCCCAAGGUGUGAAUCUGCUCUGUUAGUCACUUUGGAAAAAAAAAAACCAAAAAACAAGUGCGAGUCAAUCUGUUUAUAUCUCUCUCUGCCAGCUUGGUUUUCCUGAACCCUGGCUGGAAAUACCAACCUUACAUCAGUGUUUCUAUCGAGGCUACAGAGUAGGCCUGUUGGAUUAAUAGCUCUCCACUGAAAAUUGUUAGCUAUGAAUUAUUACCAAAGAACUGUGGCGAUCUGAGCUGUUCCAUUGAGUCUCCGUGUCAUUUCCCAUGUCCUGGCCACAUUUCUUCUUGGCAAUGUCUUCCUAACUCCCUACAAGGUAUACAACGGCACCAUCACAUUGGAACCCUAGGGGAGAGGGUCUGACAGACACACAGGAGGACAAGCACAUUUCCAAAGCAAGGUCUGAGACCUGCUUCCUGCCACCUACUCACUAAUGUCCUUGGUGCCAUCCUCUCAGACCUGGGAGCUUGCAGCCCUUCACCCCUGUGAUACUAACAGGCCUGAAUAAGACUUGUCGAGCCGGUACCAGCAUCCUCACACACACACCCCAACCCCCAGCUUGUUGUAGAUACAGGGCUCGCCAGGACAUCAGGAAUCAGGGUGAACACAGAAGGGCAAAUAGAAUUUUCUAGUCACAUGAGCUGAUUGGUUCCGGGCAAUUAGAAAAUGGCUAUAACUUAAUCUUAAUUUAAAAAAAAAAUCGAGUCUUCGUUUUCUCCGUAGGAGACCGAACUGACUGUAUGCAUUGAUUUAUAUCCUGAAUUUAUGGGAACCUGUAUGUUUGGAACAUCCUACUGUAAGCUGAGGAAUGUAAAGAGUUAAUUUCAGGGUACAGUUUUGCCUUAAUGGUUUUAAAAAUAAAUAAACUAUUUUUAAAAAUUAA